GCCGCACCAAUUUUUAUACCAGAUCCACAAUCAAAGCUCACAUAAUAACAUGCAGAAAUCCCACAAAAGAAAGCGUCUCCAGCUUCAACACUCUUCCUCAGUGGAAGGCGAAGCCCAGACCAAACAAGAACCCUACCCGACCCACACCCGACCCACUCCAGAAGAAUGCCGAGCCAUUAGAGACGACCUCUUGGCUCUCCACGGUUUCCCUCAAGAAUUUGUCAAGUACCGCAACCAGAGACUCAAUCGUAAGCCCACUGCCGAGUCUGAUCCUUUCAGUGAUGGUGUUAAAUCAGAGCCGUUGGAUGAUGAUGGAUUGGAUGAGAGUGUCUUAGAUGGUUUGGUCAAAACUCUGCUGUCGCAAAACACUACUGAAGUUAAUUCUCUCAAAGCUUUUGCUUCUCUCAAGUCCGAAUUUCCCACUUGGGAGGAUGUUCUGGCUGCUGAACAAAAAUGUAUAGAGAACGCUAUAAGAUGUGGAGGUUUAGCCCCGACAAAGGCCUCUUGUAUAAAGAAUAUUUUGAGUUGCUUGCAUCAGAGUAAAGGCAAAUUAUGCUUGGAAUACUUGAGAGAUUUAUCAAUUGAUGAAAUUAAGGCUGAGCUCUCUCGUUUCAAAGGAAUUGGUCCCAAAACGGUGGCGUGCGUAUUAAUGUUCCAUCUUGAGCAAGAUGAUUUUCCGGUGGACACGCAUGUUUUUGAGAUUUCAAAGGCAAUGGGUUGGAUCCCAGCUAUGGCAGACAGGAAUAAGACUUACCUUCAUCUCAAUCAACGGAUCCCAAAUGAACUUAAAUUUGAUCUGAAUUGUCUUCUUUACACACAUGGUAAGAAAUGUCGUAAUUGCAUAAAGAAAGGAGGUAACCAGAAAAGAAAGGAAUCUCAAGAUAAUCCAUGUCCUCUAUGGAAUUACUGUAAGAACUCUGACAUGAGAUAACUGACAACCUGAGUUAUUGGAUCUGAAUCUAACAGUCUUGGUUCUCCCCUUUUUUUUCUUCAUGUACCCGAAAGAUUAUACAGGUGACUCAAAGUGAGGAUCUAUAAUGAAGUUGUUCAUGAUUAUUUGUGAA